CCUGCCACCCUCCAUGGUUUUCUCCCUAUCUAUCGAUGUCCCUUGUUCGACGUCCGUACCUUAGAAAUAGUGAGCAUGCUCCAUUUCCCCGAGCAUGCUCAGUAUCAACCACUGAAGCGGCUGAGGUACUCAUCUUGCCAUUUGUUCUUGAGGGAGUUUCCUGAACUUCGUGAGCUCGGUUACGCAGGUUAUUUCUCCCUCCCCUUGCCAGAAGAGUUUACGGAGAAAAUUGGACGGUCACGAAGCUGUGGUGUUUUUAAGAACUGCGAAACAGGAUGGAAAUGUGUAAUGCUUGGAGAUGUCAUUCGUUUGUCGCCCAGCAGGUGGCUGUCAUACUGCCUAUUUCAGCCGUGCUAUUCCAAUAAACAAAACGAAAAUAUUUUCCAGCGACGAUCUAGAAGGCUAUAUACCACAACUCCAGAGCAUUCCUAAUUUUGGAAAUUUUGGCUUGGCAAGGCUAGAUAAGAGUCAACAAACUAAACCUGCUUGUGGAUCCACAAAGUACUUCUACAAGCUGUAUGGCCGUUAUUUAAAAUAAUGAAGAUUUGGUUGAAUGAUCCACAAAAACAUUUAACAUUGGAUCUUUGAAGCAAGCCUGCUUGAGUCAAUGCUUUUGAAACUCAGACAAUGACCAGAAAGCCAGUAUGCUUCAGUGGACAGAACUGGACUAGGAACUUAGCAGCUCGUACUCAUCAAGUCUUAUUUUAAUUAGCUUGCAGACGCUUUUCCAUCUUGCGAGGACAUUGUAACACUGCAUUCAAAUAUGUUGAGCUUGGCCGUAACCAUGCUUUAGAGAUGAGGAUGUGAGCCACUAUAGGGCAAUCAGCAUGGGUCCCACACAGCUUGUGGCACAGAAUCAUGGGAAGAAGGCAUGCAUAUUCGACAUGGAGGAGAAAGGGUUUGUACUUUUCCAUAGCUCAGAGAUCCCACCUGAGCACAUAGAAAAUCCUCCCCUGAAACGGAAGAAGGGCCCUGCCCCCAAGAUGCUUGGAAAUGAGGUGUGUAGCGUGUGUGGGGACAAGGCCUCAGGUUUCCACUACAAUGUCCUGAGCUGUGAGGGCUGCAAGGGCUUUUUCCGACGCAGCGUUAUCAAGGGUGCCCAGUAUGUCUGCAAGAACGGCAGCAGAUGUGAAAUGGACAUGUACAUGCGACGAAAGUGUCAAGAGUGCCGAUUGCGCAAAUGUCAGGAGGCAGGCAUGCGAGAACAAUGUGUUCUCUCUGAAGAGCAGAUCCAACUGAAGAAACUUAAGAAGCAGGAAGAUGAUCGGUCUCAGGUGAUAGUUGUGCGCCAGAGCCCAUCCUCCCCUCCAGGCACCCCUCCUAAAAUGACACCGGAGCAGCUCGACAUGAUAGAAAAGCUUGUGGCAGCUCAGCAGCAAUGUAAUCAGCGCUCCUUCACAGACAGGCUCAAAGUGACGCCAUGGCCUCAGAUUUCAGAUCCCCUUCAUCGUGAAGCACGGCAGCAACGUUUUGCUCAUUUCACAGAACUUGCCAUCAUUUCUGUGCAGGAGAUUGUGGACUUUGCUAAGCAGCUGCCAGGUUUCUUGGAACUCACUAGGGAAGACCAGAUAGCUCUUUUGAAGACAUCUACAAUAGAGGUGAUGCUGUUGGAGACAUCUCGGCGCUACAAUCCAGAUACAGAAAGUAUAACUUUUUUGAAGGAUUUGAGUUAUAAUCGGGAUGACUUUGCCAAAGCAGGCCUUCAGUUUGAAUUCAUCAAUCCUAUCUUUGGAUUUUCAAAGGGAAUGAAUGAAUUACAGCUCAAUGAUGCUGAAUAUGCACUUUUAAUUGCCAUCAGCAUUUUUUCCGCAGACCGACCAAAUGUUCAAGACCAGCCCUUGGUGGAAAGGCUGCAGCAUACCUAUGUAGAAGCCCUCCAUUCUUACAUUUGUAUCCACAGACCAAACGAUCAUCUAAUGUUCCCACGGAUGCUAAUGAAACUGGUCAGUCUUCGGACUCUAAGUAGUGUCCAUUCAGAACAGGUGUUUGCUCUUCGGCUACAGGACAAAAAGCUACCACCACUUCUUUCAGAAAUCUGGGAUGUCAAUGAAUGAUUACACUGUCCCCAGGCGCCAACCUGCUAAAGUAACCCCAUCCUUGACUUCCUGCUAACAUGAAGUUGCCCUCCCCUUUCCAAAACACUGAAGCCAUAUGGAGGGCUAUGGUUCUGUGGUUUAUUUGCUCUGAGACAAUGCAGAAAGUAAUUGAAAGGGAACAGUUGAUGUUUCAGCCUUUGAUUUAACGCCUUCCAGAAAUGGAACAACUGAAACACCUCAACAUAGUGGAGAUGAAGAACCCACCCUAAUAAUUUCUCCAGUGGCUUUCUUCUUCUAAGCACUUUUCCUGUGUUUAAUUUCAAGGACCUAUCAUCCUGACACACACAGAGGCUUCUCAGGGAUUUCAGAAGCAUUUCCUAUUGUGUAUCCAUUUUGUGUAGUUUAAUGGGAGUUGCUCUGGAAUGAAUAUUCUAAAUACAUUUUGUUAUUCACAAAAAUUAGAGCGCUGGAUAUAUAGAUGGACAUUGUGCAUUUUCACGAGGCUUUGUUUCUAGAAGGAAUCCCCCCCCCCAAUGCUGGAGCCAGAAACGCCAUUUUCUUGACUUUUUCAAAGAUCCCCGAGGAUUGGGAGGAUAGCUGUAUGAUAGAAAACUGAUUGAUAUUUCUCUUCCCAACUUCUCCCCCCCCCCCAAAAAAAGUAUAAUAAUCACUGGUAUAUUAGGGCCCUUCAUUUGUACAUUAUAGAUGGACAGGAAGCCAUACCCAAUAACUAUUCAUUGCUACAUGUAGCUGCUUAAAAUGUGAAAGUUUUACAUCACAUAUAUAUCCAAUCCUGUAUAUGGAUAUUAAAAAGUAAGUCCUACUGAGUUCAGUGAGGCUUACACUCAAUUGAUUACGUAUAGGACUGCAGUAUUAAGCAGUGAUUGGUGAAGUGGUUCUUAUGAAGUUUGUGCAUUUGCAGAUUAGUGCAGCUCCAACAUGGGACACAUAAUACCUGUGGAAUCUACACUGAACAGCAUGCUUGCCUUCUGGCUAUCAUCCCUCUGUCUACAGUCAGGCAUAGUGUUGGUAUACUGAGGAUCAGCGGUGUUGCUGGCAAUACUAUUUUUGUUUUAAGCAGAUACCAUUAGUUUCACCCAUAUUCCUUUUGGUUUCAGUCAAAGUGGACACAUAACUAAUGUUCCUAUAGACACAACCUUCUAUUAGAUCAUGGCCAGUUCAUUCUUUUUUGACAUGUGGGGAACAACUGUAAAAACCAAGGAAUGCAUUUUGUGCCAAGUGGAUCAGAGGACCAUUGAAGUGCUUGCAUCUCAGUACUUCUCAGGGUUUCUCCACGUGGUGGCUUUAUUUGGCUGCAUUCAGCUCACUAGGUGCUUGGGAGAGUCUCAAUGAAUGGCAAAUAUCCCAGAAAUCUGUGUGAUUAGUUCAGGAUGCCAGCUGUGUUGACUGCCAUGGCUUGUACUACUUCAGUCAUGUGGACCAGGAAAGGUCAGUGUGGGAAGCUGUCUACAUGUCUUGACUCCAGGGAUCAAGAAUGUAUUUCGAGCUAUCUGUAUAAGCCUGCAGGUGUGUAUGUAUGUUGGAAUAGUAUCAAAUGUUAUAUGGAAAUCUGUAUAACAAAACCUUGAUAUCUGUUUUUGUAAGAGAAAAGAUACUUUGAGAUAGGCAAUUUGGAACAAAGAAUUGGUAGAUUCUCCAGGCUGAUUCUUCGCUUCAGAUUUCUCUCACAAAACCAUAUUUUCCGCUAACAAAAGUGUUGCCCUCAGAUAUCUUCAGGAAGGAAAGAACAGUUUGCAUGUAUGAUCCAAGCUUGUUAAUAUCUGCUAAGAAUAUGAAGGGGUCUGAAUCUAUUUUAAGAUGCAUGAUUAUAUCCUUCUCUUUUUUUAACAUACCAAGUUUUUUUUUAUCUAAGGACUUCCCUUUAGGUCUUAUACCCAUAAAUAGUUGAAUAUAUUCAGCUUGAUCCUAUGCAGAGUUAUGCACAUCUCCUCAACUGGCUUAAGUGCACCUAAGUCUACAUAGAGAACUAACUUACUUGAAGAAAAAUACUCAUCCAUUUAUUUGCUGAAGAAACAAAUUAUUGGAUGCCAGGAGUUAAAACUGAUUCCCUGGUAUUGUAGUAGUAUGUGUUCCCUUUGGUGGGAUUUAAGUUGUUUGCCCUGCAACCAUCCUGAGGCUCUGGACCCACAAAACAAUGAGAUUGUUAACUCUGUACCAAGUGCCACACCUAUGGUGUCGGCCUUGUGUCUGUUUUGCACUUGAGGCUGGUCUUUUUCCAUUGGCCUUUACUCACCCUAUAAAGCACUUGUAACAAUUUGUAAGAUCUGUUUUUUAUAACUCUUUGCGGUUGCAAAAUUAUUUGUUUAAUUCUGUAUUGUAAAUUGAUUGUUUGCAAAAUUUUAACGUUUGUGCAAAA